AUGAUCUUUGCAAGAUUACCACAGGCUUUGGGGCUUCGUACUCUUGUCAACUACAGCCGACCAGUGAUUGCUGCUUCAGCAGUUGCUCUUACGGCAACCAGAACUAUAAAUUUACAGAGAGCUCGUCUAUUUCAUUCAACUUGCUAUGCAAAGGAUUAUGGAGAGGAAAAAGAGGAGUUGAAGGAAUUAAAUAAAGAUUUGACUGCAGUGGAUAAUGAGCGUUUGUCAAAAAUAAGAAACAUAGGUAUCUCCGCACACAUUGAUUCAGGUAAGACUACUUUUACAGAGCGUGUCUUGUACUAUACCGGUAGAAUUAAAGCUAUUCAUGAUGUCCGAGGAAGAGAUGGUGUUGGUGCAAAGAUGGAUAGUAUGGAUUUAGAACGUGAAAAGGGUAUUACUAUUCAAUCUGCCGCCACCUAUUGUACGUGGGAUAAAGAUGGGGACAAUUAUCGUAUGAACUUAAUUGAUACACCAGGUCACAUCGACUUCACCAUCGAAGUGGAAAGAGCGUUAAGAGUUUUGGAUGGUGCUGUGCUGAUUGUUUGUGCUGUUUCUGGUGUUCAGUCGCAGACUGUGACUGUUGAUAGACAAAUGAAGAGAUACAAUGUCCCAAGAAUAACAUUCAUCAAUAAAAUGGAUAGAAUGGGUGCAAAUCCUUGGAGGGCUGUUGAACAGAUCAACAAAAAGCUUCACAUUGCUGCUGCUGCUAUUCAGGUGCCUAUUGGUUUAGAAAAGGAAUUCAAAGGUGUUGUCAACAUUAUAGAUCGCCAAGCCAUUUACUUUGAAGGCUCACAAGGUGAAAAGUUACGAAUCACCAAGGAUAUUCCCGUCGAUCUAAAAGACACGGUCGAACAAAAAAGAAAGACUCUAAUUGAGACCUUGGCUGAUGUCGAUGAUACUAUUGCCGAAUGUGUCAUUGAUGAAGUAGAACCAACGACUGAUCAAAUAAAGAAUGCUAUUCGUGCAGCUACCAUUGCCAGAACAUUCACUCCUGUCCUGAUGGGUUCUGCAUUGGCUAACAAGGGUAUUCAACCUGUCCUCGAUGCGGUUUGUGAUUAUCUUCCCAAUCCAUCUGAAGUUGUGAAUAAGGCGCUUGAUGUGGAUCAUGAUGAAGAACCUGUUUCUUUAAUUCCAUCUGCGGAAAGGCCAACAGUUGCUCUUGCCUUCAAGCUUGAGGAAGGUAAAUACGGUCAGUUGACUUACAUGAGAAUUUACCAGGGUAAGGUCAAGAAGGGCCAACUAAUAACACAUGUGAAGUCUGGUAAGAGAGUGAAGGUUGCACGUUUGGUUAGAAUGCAUUCAGAUGAGAUGGAAGAUACCGAUGAAGUUGCUGCAGGUGAAAUUUGUGCCACUUUCGGUAUUGACUGUUCUUCUGGUGAUACGUUUACUGAUGGUAAGGUUAACUAUACUAUGACUUCGAUGUUUGUGCCUGAAGCAGUUGUGUCACUUGCUAUUAAGCCAGAGACGAAAGAUGCUGCAAAUUUCUCGAAAGCUGUGAAUAGAUUCCAGAAAGAGGAUCCUACAUUCAGAGUUCAUUAUGACAAAGAUUCAAAGGAGACAAUUAUCAGUGGUAUGGGUGAGUUACACUUGGAAAUCUAUAUUGAGAGGAUGCGUAGAGAGUAUAAUGUUUCAUGCAAGGUUGGUCGUCCAAGAGUUGCCUACAGAGAAUCCAUAUUGGGCUCUUCACCAUUUGAUUACACUCAUAAAAAGCAAACAGGUGGUGCUGGUCAGUAUGCUAAAGUUAUGGGUAACAUGAAAGCAACUUGUUUAGCAGACCCAGAGGAUCUUGGUGUUAAGCCAAGUGAGGAUUUGAAGUUCAAGAACUUCUUCCAAACCAAGAUUGUUGGUGGUAAAAUUAGUGAAAAGUUCUUGAUGGCUUGUAAUAAAGGUUUCGAUGAUUGUUGUGAGAGGGGCCCUCUUAUUGGAGCUAAGGUUCUUGGUGUGAAUAUGAUUAUAGAUGAUGGCGCUACCCAUCCAGUUGAUUCUUCGGAGUUAGCUUUCAGAACUGCCACCCAUUAUGCAUUUACUGAAGCAUUCAACAAAUCACAGCCUGUUAUCUUAGAACCAAUCAUGAAUGUUGUGAUCACUGCACCUAUCGAAUUCCAAGGUGCUUGUAUUGGUCUGAUUAACAAAUUGCAAGGUAUUAUUCAUGACACAGAGAACCAUGCGGAUGAAUUCAACUUGAUCUCUGACUGUUCAUUGAGUAAUUUGUUUGGUUUCGCCUCGAAAUUACGUGCCUCUACUCAGGGUAAGGGUGAAUUUACCAUGGAGUUCAAGGAGUACCAGCCUGUUCUUCCUAACGUCCAAAAGAAAUUGAUAGAGGAUCACAGAAAGAAAGAGCAGAGCAAGGAAAAAUAA